UUUAAAACUUAUAUGAGAAAUUAUCAACACUAAAUUUGAUUAUCUACUUAUUUGAAAGUAUAUUCUUAUGUGAAAUAAUGAGUGGAAAAAUGUUUGCAUUUGUGUGUUCCGUGCUUCUCCUCGUCAUUUCGUUAUCGAAAUCGCAGCAAAAUUCCACCAACAGAGAUGAGAAUUUGACGAUACGAUACGAGAUAAAUGCGGAUUCUACAACAAAUUAUAACGACGAAAUAAUAACACUGCGACAUGAUUUGCAUAAAAAUUUGACGAAUAAUACACAAAAUGACAAAAUGCAGUAUACAUUUUAUAUAAAUAACAAUCGCGAGGAUAAUGAUUUGAUUCAACAUAAACUGAACAAGCAUUCAAUGCAGAAUAAAGAUGAUGAGCAAAAAUCGAUGAAAUCUAACACGAAUUCGACAAAUGUCAAUCAUAAAAGAAAUUUCAUGUCACAGAAAGUUCAUAAAAAUAUAACUAAAAAGAUUGAUUCUAUGUCACUUGAAGUUUUCAAAAAUUCCAGCAAAGAUACUAAUGAAACUAUCAUCGUCCCAAACGAAAUGUGUCAUAAUGAUACUUGCAUUCGGCUCUGCUGUUUUCUUGGCAAUCGUCUGGUUGAUGAAAAUUGCAUUCCUGAAGAAAUCGAAUACAUUUUUCCAAAAGUAUACACGAACGAUUCGACGCAGAGCGAAAAGAGAGUGAACGAACUGUUUAAGCUGUCCAUUUAUGAUUCGUGCCAGGAAGAUCAACUGCGUCCCAAAGAUUCUCAGUGCGAUUAUAAGAUUUUUACCAACGGUUCUAUAUAUUUAACUUAUUAUAAAAUAUUUGUUGAAUCGACAUCAUAUUGUCUCACCGUCGUCGACGGGAAUGAGUUCGAAGUAACCAUCUGUUCCAAAACUUAUGACAAGAUCAAUGAGAUGAUUGAUAAAAAACUCAGAUUUUCUGGCGAAGAAAUUAUGGAAAUAAGUGCCGAUAUAGUAUCUAUGUUAUUUUUGGGGUUAGUAUUUCUGGUGUAUUCCAUAUUGCCAGAACUCCGAAAUAGACACGGCUUCAUGUUGCGCAAUUACAGCGGUGCUUCGUUUGUUGUAUACGGAGUUGACAUGGUGUAUGUUUUGAGUGGUGUACAGUAUCCCGUCUGCGUUACAACAGCCUUUUUAACACACUUUUGUUAUCUGGCGAGUUGCUUUUGGAUAAAUAUAAUAAGCUUUGAUAUGUGGUGUACAUUCAG